AUGGGCGCCGGCGGAGUGCGGGUCUGCCUGGGCCCGGCAGGGAGAGGGGCCGUCGGCGGGGCCUCCCUCUGCCGCCCAAGUGCCAUCGUCCCGCGGGCCCCGCUGGGCCGCAGGAAGGGUGGCGGUGAGAAAUAUGUGGGACAGUUCUACAUGGGCCAAUGCCAUGGAAAGGGGAUUUGCUACUGGCCUGAUGAUUCUAAAUUCACAGGAGCUCUUUAUCUUGGCCAUGUAGAAGGCUAUGGGACCCUGGAAUGGAAGAAUGGCAGAAAAUUUCAGGGGCUGUACAAAUCUGAUGAGCGAUUUGGACCAGGGACUGAGAGCUAUCCAGAUGGCUGUCAGGAUGUUGGUUUGUGGCUCAGGAAUCAUCUAAUUAAACUGUGUACUGAAGCACCUGGUUAUUUUUCUCUUUUGGAUUAUCCAGAUAUUUUUCCUGAAGGAGUCUUUGCGUAUUCUCAUAACACAGAUCAUUUUACUUUGACAUGCUCCUUCCUGGAAGAAUGUGAUGCUAUACAAAACAUGCUGCAGCAAGUCUACAGCCAGCACUGUCAAGGGGAGUUCACGUCAGAUGUCAACCUCAUUCUCAGUGGAGCCCGCAGUGCUUAUGGGCCUCCAGGCCCCAGGGAACUUGCCUCAGAGCAGCUAAUUCAGAAGGCAGCAAGAGGAGAUUAUGAUGGGGUCUAUGCAAUUCUGAGGAAUGGGCUUGCUCAUCCAGACAUAGCCGACAAGCACGGAUACACAGCACUUGCUGCUGCUGCUGUUCAUUCCCACAAUGAUGUUGUCAAUCUUCUUCUUGAUAGUGGAGCUGAUGUGAGUAAGUGUAGUGAUGAAGGAUUAUCUGCUCUCUCCAUGUGUCUCUUUUAUCCAGAAGAAUCAUUUAAGGGUAAUAUUGCUGAGAGGAGUUUGCACAGUUGCAAGUGGAGUGAACAAUCAGAAUCCUCAGAAACAGUCAAUGUGGCUGAAGACAUUAUCUCAGAACGACAGAAGAGAUGGGAAACAAUCCAACUGCUGCUUCGUCGAGGUGCAGAUCCCAAUGCAUCCUGGGUCCCACCACACCUUCUGUUCUUUGCUGUUAAAGCUGCAGAUGCAGAAGCAGUGAAACUUCGCUUAGAAAGGGGAGCCAGGACUGAUGUGCAGCUUCCAUCCAAGUUAGGGGGAUUAACUCCUCUCCACAUAGCUGCCUCAAUUCCUGGGGAGAAAGGCGUCCAGAUAACACAAUACCUUCUGCAUUCUGCCCUGGAUAUUAAUGCAAGGGCGGAAGAUGGAAAUGAGAUAUAUGGUCCAGACAAGCUUGAUUCUGCCCUCCUACUCCCUACACUUUCGCAACUGAAAAAUGAAGCAGGACCACCACAAGAGUACUUGUCCUCUUAUAAUGGUCCUGUCCCUGAAGAAGGUGGAAGGAGUGCAUUGCAUAUUUCAUGCAAAAGAGAGGAUAACAGUGAGCAUGCCAGAGAUGUUAUCUGCCUCCUUUUAACGCAUCAGGCAAAUCCAAACACAUUGUGGAGUGGCCAUUCACCACUUUCCUUAGCAAUUGCCAGUGGGAAUGACUUGGCAGUGGGUGAACUCCUCAAACAUGGGGCUGACCCAAAUCUGCCAUUAAGCGGAGCCGUAAGAAGUGCCCUCUGUGCAGUAUGCUCUGUCAGUACAGCAUAUGAACAGCAGAGAACAACAGCACAGAGGAUUGCUUUGUUAAGAUAA